AUGAUGAAUGAUUUGGGCUUCUAUGCCAUGCACCUUAAGGAAAUUUGGGAUGGAGUUACCUUGUGUAAUUUGACCGUUCAAUCUACUCUAUCGAGCCAAGUCAUUGAAGCGCAACAACACAAUGAGGAAGCAGAAGGGCUUCGUGCCAAGUUCCUUAGUGGAAAUGCUCAAGAAAGGUGGAUGAUUCACGCCAACCAAGGCUUACAUUAUCAAGGGAAGUUGUUCAUACCCGUUUCGUGUCGAGAGGAAAUCUUGCGAGAGUUCCAUCAUUCUCCGUUAGCUAUUCAUCCGAGAGGAACGAAAAUAUAUCACAAUUUGCAUAGGCAAUUUUGGUGGUCCGGAAUAAAGAGGGAUGUCGUUAUUGUCGUAUCCAAGUGCCUCACGUGCCAAAAAGUGAAAGCCGAACAUCAACGACCCACAAGAGAGUUACAACCUUACUAG